CACUGACCUUAGCAAGAAUGUUAAGUAAUUUUUACCAAGAGACAACAUAAACAGAAUGAUCUCGAUAUAAAAGCAGCUUAUCAGAGGGCAAACUGAAUAUUUUGUCUCGCGAGAUUACAUAGCGAACUCUGUGAAAAUGAAACUGUAUCUUUUGUACUUGUCUAUUGCAGUCAUUUUCGUGAAUGCCAAGGAAGACUCGUCAUCUUCAGAGGAAAUAGACUUCAAUGAGCUGAAAAAGUUCGUACAAUCGGCAAAUCAUGAAAAGAUGACUCAAGCUUUAGAUCUUUAUAACAAGACCAAAUCCAGAUGUCCGAAUAUUGACGAGGAUGUCAUGGAAGCAACAAAGAAGGUAGCAGAAUGCGUGGAGAAUGUGGAAUUGGGCUCUGAUACAGUAUGCUCAGUGAUAAAGAAGAAUUUUCCAAAAUGCACCAAGCCAUUCGUUGAUGUGCUAAUAAACUGUUUGGAUGAAGAAUUCAAAUUCGCUCUUCCUCUGGGAAUCAAGAUGAUUACAGGUUUUAUUGAUCAGGCUUGCAAUUCUACUGUUGAAGAGGUCUUAGAGCUGUUCAACCCUUGCAUAUUUGAUAAUGACGCAGAAGAAGAGAAAAUUGAGGCUUGUAAACUAAUUAAUGAGAAGAGCAAAGAUGAUCGUUUGAUAACGAAAGCAGAAGUUUGCGAUUUGAGGCCGAAAGGUAAGGAAUGCUUGAAACAACUGGUACAAACCUGUAAGAGCCCUAUUACGAAGAAAACUGUCAUGGACUUCCAUGAAGUUAGUGAACAUAUCAUGGACAAUGAAUGCAAUGCAGUAUGAUAAAAAACUGUUAUGUUUUGUUAAAAUAUAUUUUUUAAUUCGUUUAUUCAUUUUCCCAAAUGACCACAGAUGGGAUCACGGUGCUAAUAAAUGCAUGCAGAGAAAUUCAGGGAAGAUUUAGUACAUAAAAAUAAGAAAGAUCAUAUACGUGUCCUGAAAUUAUUAGUGUUCAUGAUACGAGGGUGUUGCGAAAAAUUAUAAGCCACUGCAUACUCAAAGC